ACUAAAUGAAAGGAUGAAUAAAAAUUUGCAUUUAAAAACGCUUCAUAAUCAUCUUUUCAUUUUGAGUUAUUAGUUAUCUUAAAGGCGUCAUUGACAGACCCGGCAAAGAGGAAGCAUAACGCAUGUGACUUUGUGUUGUGAUACGGCCAAUGUUAAGAAGCUUGGAGACUGGCCAUAAAAGUGCAGCAGCGUUCGUGGAAAUAGCUUCGGUUUUUGUUUUAACCUUGCCAACUACUCAGCAUAAUCUGCACUGUGUUUAAAGUCGUCAAGGCCAGUAAAAGUGCUGACUGCUGAAGGGCUUUAACAAGAACGUCCUGGAAACACCUGCUGUCAUUUGGAUAUUGAUUUUUUUUUAAUUUACUUUUGCUAUAUGAUGGGCAUCCUUUAUUCUUGCGCGCGACAUGGUUAGAUUUUAAACGUUUCAUUAUCAUCGUCUGAAUAGGUCUGACAAAAUAUUGAAGACAGAUCUCCGCAUAUGAUAAAAAACAAAAAUGCCUGAACAGUAUAGUUUACCAAUCCGCAAGCGCCUGUGCUAUGCUGUAGGACAUUUCUUGAAUGACUUGUGCGCGUCCAUGUGGUUCACGUAUUUGCUAGUGUAUUACCACACCGUCCUCGGUUUCCUCGACACAUAUGCAGGUGUUUUACUGUUCAUCGGUCAAAUAGCGGACGGGAUUUGCACGCCUCUCAUCGGUUAUGAAUCGGACCGGACACCAGGAUGUGGAUCUUAUGGGAAAAGAAAGACUUGGCAUUUAGUGGGAACUUUGUGUGUGAUUGUGUCCUUCCCUUUUAUAUUUAACCCCUGUCUUGGGUGUGCCGGGGGUACGCCAAAUUGGGUGGGCAUCACCUACUUCACCCCGUUCAUAAUCGUGUUCCAGUUCGGCUGGGCAGCCACCCAGAUAUCCCACCUGUCCCUUAUCCCUGAACUGGUCUCCUGCGAACAUGACAAGGUGGAACUCACAGCAUACAGAAAUGCUUUCAGUGUGGUGGCUAACAUCACAGUGUAUGCUGUGGCAUGGUUGCUCUUCCACUUCCAAGCACAGCACGCGGAUCCCACCGUUACCGACAGCUUGGGACCUGUGGAUAUUCCACUGUUCAGGGAGCUGGCUCUGAUAGUGGUGGGCACGGGGGCAGUGUUCUCCCUCAUCUUCCACCUGGGCACGCGUGAGAAGGCCCAGCAGAGGGAAGAGGAGGAGGAGGCGGCGGCUGGUGAGGGGGACUGCCUGACCAGUUCCUACCAGACCCUCAUGCCUCCAUCCCCUCAGAGCUCCACCCCUCCUGUACUGCUCCAGUGGAAACAUUGGCUUCGGGAGCCAUCCUUCUACCAGGUGGCUCUGCUGUAUAUGUGCACCAGGCUGAUAGUGAACCUGUCACAGACAUAUAUCUCCAUGUUCUUGACCAAUUCCCUGCUGCUCCCUAAGAACUUCAUAGCAACAAUCCCACUGGUGAUGUAUGUGAGUGGGUUGGUGUCAUCUCUGGUCAUGAAACCUCUUAGCAAGCGCAUCAGCAUUAAGAUGACCUAUUUGGUGGGGCUGCUGCUGAUUAUGGCCUUUGCCUUGUGGGUUCUGCUGGAGAGGAACAUGGGGAAGCUCAUUUACGGUGGAGCGGUUCUCCUAGGGUCCGGUUCCACUAUUAUCCUGGUCAUGUCUCUGUCCCUGACCGCCAACCUCAUCGGAGAACAAACGCAAAGUGGAGCCUUUGUGUACGGAGCAAUGAGCUUUACUGACAAAGUUGCCAAUGGCCUUGGUGUGAUGCUAAUCCAAACCUUGUAUCCUUGUCAUACUGCAGCCUGCUGUCCUGACUGUGUGUGGUUUUACCACAGUGUGAUGGUGUCUGUGACUGGCGGGGUGGCCUUGGUGGCAGCACUAGCUCUGAUCAGUCUCUUCGUCUGGCCCAUCCAGAUUCGCCGAGGUCUUCCUGUUUUGACCGGAUGCACGGCUGCGGAUGGAAAGGAUACAUAUGGCACUCUGGCCCACUCUGUUGUGAACUGAGGGCCUGAGGCCACACUGAUAACACUGCCGUUUGCCACGAAUGUUUAGGCUGCUCGUCAUAUUUCACUGUGGAUGGGAAGAGGAAAGGAAACCACCUGGCAACCCUGUUUCUUUUUCUGCAACUUUUCUGUUUUUUUUGUCUUUUUCAGAUCCUUCUUCUUGUUAAACAGUGAGGCACAUCAAUAAUAUAAGAGACUUGUUAUUGAUGUCAUCAGACAACAUCAAUUUGCUAUGGCAUUGUUGACACUAUCUUUAAUCACCAGAUGUUUUACACAUUCAUUGUUGGCAUUUGGGCAGAACACUCAAACUGUUUUAUUAUGAGUCAUUGUUUUUUAAGGAUUUAUACAGUUUUAAUGGUACUCUUUAUGGGUAGUUAGUUUUUAUAACCUAAAGAUACAGUUUUUAGACAAAAAAAAAAGACUUCUUCUGUAAUAAGAAUUGAAAGGCUCUUGAAAGUCACUAUCUCUAGUGUAAAAGCUCAGAGAAAGUGGAUACCAGGGACAGACUGUCUUACUCUUUCAUAGAAAACAGAGUUCUACUAACAGUUUGGUUUCUGUUCCUCUAACGCAGUGUUUCAGACCAAGGACCACUUAACCAAUACAAAAAAAAUCACAGACCACCUAGCUAAAAAAACCUACUUCAACAGUAUAUUACACUAGGCCUACUCACUGAACCAC